AUAAAUGAAAAACCAAAAGGAAACACAAAGGAUACAAUAAUAAGUUCCUCAACCCAAAACCCUUCAUUCAAAAUCUUUCCUCUCUCUUUCUCUCUCAACUUUCCUUCAACUAAGCAAAGCAACCCUCCUUUAAUUUCUUCUCUUCCACUCAAAUUAAUUAUAAACUCCAAAAAUUCUCCCAUUUCAACUGAAGAAACUAAGUUUCAUGCAUAUCUCAAAAUCAUUAUUUGGCCAUCAAAAAUUUCACUUUUUUAAUCUUCUUCUUCUUCUUCUUUCAAAGAAUUUCUCCUUAUCUUCUUCUUCCCAUAAAUUUUAGUGCUCCAAACUUAAACAAAUGAUGGCUGGAAACCCUAAUUGGUGGCCUAUGUUUCCACCUUCUUUCAAUUCUUUUGCUGAUCAGCCUCAGUCUUGGAGCCAACUUCUCUUAGGGGAUGAAGAUAGGGUUUUGAAUCAAACCCAGAUGAGUCAUUAUCAACCAAAAAAGUUGGAGAAUUGGGAAGACCAAAUCUUGAAUAACAAUAACAUUAAUAGUCCAUCACAAGUUGAAGCCUCUAAUUUUGUCGAUAUUGUCAAGCAAGAAGUUUCCAACAAUAUUAGAGAUCACUCACUCAAUAUUCUUCACCCUACUUUAAAUACUUCUCAUCACACCAACAAAUUCCUUGACUUUUCCUGCAAUACUAACAACCAAGAUCACACCACCAAUCAAUCCACCCCACGCGGUGCCGACUCCGACCACUCGUCGGAGUUGAAAAAUCACUCCGGUCCUGCCGGGGCUGUCGGUGGAGCGUGUAAGAAGGCUAAGGUUCAUCCACCAUCUUCAAGCCAACCACCUCUUAAGGUGAGGAAGGAGAAGCUCGUAGAUCGAAUAACAGCUCUUCACCAAAUAGUUUCUCCAUUUGGAAAGACUGAUACUGCUUCUGUAUUGUCAGAAGCUAUUGGAUAUAUCAGAUUUCUUCAAGGACAAAUUGAGGCACUUAGUUACCCUUAUUUACAAAAUGCUCCAAAAGAUUCAAGGAAUUCACAACCUGUGGGAGAGGAAAUAAUGAAAAUUGAAGAGAAGCCAUUGAAGGACUUAAGGAGUAGAGGACUAUGCUUGGUACCAGUCUCAUGCACACACCUUGUUGGAGGUGACAAUAAUAAUAAUAAUGCAGCUGCUUAUUGGGCUCCUGCUUAUGGAACUGGCUUCUAAUUUAAUCAUUUAUUCUCCAUUAAUAACCUCCAAUAUUAGCUACCAAUUAUAUUUAAGCAAAAAUAUUAUUAUUAUUACUAUUAAUUAGUGUAUAAUAUAACAUCAUGACCAGUCACCCUUCUGAAAAACCCUAAAAUGGGCUGACUGCUCAAGAUGCUAUAUAUAUAUAUAUAUAUAUAAUAUAAUUAAAUC